UUUUGCGUCGCUCGCUCGCUCGUCUGCCAUCGCCAUCGUUAAUUGGGACCCGCUAUUCUCGGCCAGCUCCACCAUCGAAGUUGCGCGGCCUGCUGUACCAGAUCACUGAUCGUUGUUGAUUCAGAACCGUUCUGAAUUGGUCGACCAGACAAUUAUUAUUACAUUGUCUCAGCUGCAAAUUGUCAACCCUCGUUGCGCUUGAUUGCGCGUCGGUCGAUCAUUCGGCCCUUUGGUGGCCCAACGGCUCUCUCGAUCCAAGCCGACGUCCAACUUCACCUGUCGCUUGAGACGGACGAGUCUCGUUGCCGGUGGCUCCGCAUCGACCGGGUUCUAUACCUGACAUCCGCGUAUACAUCGACCACUGUGGCAAUUGAGAUCGGUGCGCACAGCGAACAUGCAGCCUUGGUCAAACGACCCGUACGAGAGCGAGCCGCUCGACUCCUCCCGCAUCCCUCGCGAGCGUUAUCCCUCAAACUUCGAACAGGCUCCGCAGGAGUCGCCCACUCCCUACUUUGACGGUUCCUCGCCGCAUUACUAUAAUCAAUCACCGACAAGGGACCAGUCGCCGUAUAGUUCGCCAGCCAGGCACUACCAAAGUCAACAUUCGGGGGACGCACCGCCGCCACCCCGCCACGGCGACAACUCAUACUACACGCGCGCCGGCACUGCAGGUUACGGUCAAGACUCGGGUCCUGUGUAUGCGCGGAAUCACCCGAGCCACUCCCGUCACGACGCCGACGGCUUCAGCCCAGCAUCCUCUCCGGCCAUGGCAAGUAGCUCCCGAGGGGAUCGAGGGCAUCUACCGCCUCCUCCUUCUCGAACAGCGCAGGCGGGAGGGUACGCCGGUGGGGGAUACAUGUAUGACAGCUAUGCCCGGGGCAACAACUCGCCGAUGCGAUCGACGACGAGCAGCCUACAUAACUACGGACCCGGCACCGACCCUUACGGCGACGACCCCUAUGGAUACUCUUCAUCAAACCGAAGCGUCGACCGCCGCCUAGGAGAAGUGAACCCGAAUGAUAUCGAAGAUGACGGCGACGACGGCUUGCAUUACCCACGCUACAGCCAGCGCAAUUCAAUGCUGAGCUCGGGCACAUCUGAUCGUGGUGCGCGACCUGCCGUCGGGGCGACGGCGGCGGCGGCCGGAGCCGGUAUGGGUGGCUACUUCGCCAAAUCAGGGACCGCUGAGCGUCCUGUGGAAUAUGACCUCGCUGCCACCGACAAGGAGCGCUCCGAGUGGACCAAGCAUGAAGGCAUGAGUAAGCGCAAGAAGAGCCUCAUCAUCUUUGCCGUGCUCUUUGUCAUUAUUGGUGCGAUUGUUGGUGGCGUUGUUGGCGGUAUGGUUGCCAACACCGACAAAAGCAAAGACGGCGGCAACAAUGGGGACUCUGCCAAACAGGAUUCCGAGAAAAACGGCGAUCUGGACAAGAACAGUCAAGAGAUCAAAGAUCUCAUGGACAACCCCGAGCUGCAUCGAGUCUUCCCAGGAAUGGACUACACGCCGAUCAACACGCAAUAUCCCGACUGCGUACACAACCCGCCGUCGCAAAACAACGUCACCCGCGACAUGGCCGUUCUGAGUCAGCUCACCAACCGAGUACGAACCUACGGUACCGAUUGCAACCAAACAGCCAUGGUGAUUGAGGCGAUCAACCGGUUGGACCUCAAGGGCGAUAUGAAAAUCUGGAUGGGCGUGUGGCAGGACAAGAACACGACAACCAACAAGCGUCAGCUGGACCAGAUGUACAAGGCGCUUGAGGAUUACGGCGAUGAGCAUUUUGAGGGUCUCAUUGUUGCCAACGAGAUUCUCUUCAGGGAGGAGAUGAACGUAACAGAAUUGGGUAACCUUUUGGAUGACGUACGCAGCGAGCUCGACAAGAUGAAUCUGGAUCUGCCCGUCGCGACUUCGGACUUGGGUGACGACUGGACGUCUGCGCUCGCGGACACCAGCGACUACCUCAUGUCCAACAUUCACCCUUUCUUUGCCGGCGUGACAGCAGACAAAGCUGCUGCCUGGACCAUGAAUUUCUUCGAAGACAACAACGGCCCCUUUUUUAAGACGACGGGGGGCAAGACGGACAAGAAGCGAAACGUCAUCUCCGAGACCGGAUGGCCCACGGGCGGCGGGACGAAUUGCGGCGGCGCAUCGAGUUGUACAGACGGAUCGGUGGCCGGCGUGGACGAACUGAAUACCUUUAUGAACGACUGGGUAUGCCCUGCGCUCAAGAAUGGCACCAACUACUUUUGGUUCUCCGCCUUUGACGAGCCGUGGAAGGUCCGAUUCAACGAAAAGGGCAAAGAGUGGGAGGACAAGUGGGGUAUCAUGGAUGUCGACCGGAACGUGAAGAAGGGGGUAAAGAUCCCUGACUGCAAUGGUCAGACGGUAUCGUGACGAGAGAUCAAGUCGUGUUCUUUAGCUCUGUGGCGUUUCGGGAAAUGGGGAUCAUGUACGUGGCGCUGUUUGACUCGACUGCCCUGGUUAGGGGUGGUGUCUGGCUUCUUGUCUAUUGUUGUUGCGUCUCUCUGUACUUUUCAAAGCGGUUGGCGGUGUUGCACACGGGCACAGUGACGGCUGUAUUUGGUGGAUGGUUUAAGUUUGUGAGGAAUACAACGGCACACAUACAAACGUACAUAGCACCAAGAACUGAGCGACCGGUUCACGUUACACAGCACUGCAU